AUGCCUAAUAAAAGCGAAGAGAUGCAGCAAUUUCUUGACCAAAAUCAGUAUUCCAGCAACAGUAUUCUUCGCUAUGAGAAGAUUUUCGGACGCGGUUUUGUUAGUAGCGGAGGUCUCGAAACAACCAAGGUAGGGGAACGAAAAGGGAAUAGUUUUGUUUUGCAUUUCAAAGACUGUUACGGCAAGAUUCAUUGAACCUGGUUAGAUGAAGUCUACAGGUUUUUAAUGAGGGUGAAAUCGAAAAUUUUAUCUCAAUUUUUUAUUGUUUGAAAGUCAAGUUCAGACUAGUCAGACUUUGGACUAUAAAACAGCGAGCUUAUGUUAAAGAAACAAACCUGAUCCUCAGUCGACUCGGGAAAUUGCCUGGGGUUUCAGCACAAUCCUUUUUCGAGGGAAAACAAAACUAACUGUUUCCCUCAGGAUCUGACAUUACGUGUAUGAUAUCUCCCUGUCCCCUAAUGAGGAAAUGGAACAGCGCUGAUCUUGUUUUCCUGAGGGUUUAAAUUCCUUUUAUGUUGAAGGGUAAAAUCUAGGAAAUUGUACAUCGGAGGGAGGGCCGGAGGGGGGAGAAACAGGAAUUGAUCUUAAAAGGAUUGUGUAUCAGAUGCCUCAAAAUGAAUAGAGCAGAGAGUAACCUUGUGUAAUGGUCUUUGAUUCAGUGUUAAGCAAGUAGCUUUUCUUAACUCAACAAUUCAAAUCAACUACAAAUCUGCAGGGCCCAGGGGGUCCUCCCUAUAAUAUUAAUGGCCUAUACGGGGAGGCUCUGCCCAAAAGGGGUACCUUUUUCAGGCGUCAGGUACAUAUGAAAGGGUAGGGAUGUCACCAGUUGAAGCGUAUGAAAGAGUGCAUUGGGAAAUCUGUCAUUGCGGUCUGUAGAAGGACCUAAAAGGGCUAACAGAAGCAUUUUAUUCAUUUAUGGCAGUGAAAAGGACAAGAGAACUUUCUGGUUUGGUGGUUUAUUCAUAUUUAAAAGAGGACACAUUUACAGCAGUUAAAAAGAUGCAGUGUUCUAAAUUAGUAUGUGACAGGGGUAUCAUUUGUCAAUAAAAGGUAUAUGAAAGGGGCCCCUUUUCUGUCAAAAAUGGUAUAUAAAAGUGCAAGGGGUUGUACCUUGGAAUCUUGUUGAGUCCCCCCCUCCCCCCCCAUCCCCUCUGGGAUCAGAGGCUUAUAAUGAAUAGAGCAGAUGCUUACCAUUCUCUGUUUUUGUCAUGGCCUUUAUUCAGUUUCAGGCAUGAAGCUUUCCUUAACUCAGCAGAUCAAUGGUUGGGGCAGGGAGUUGCAUAUGCCCUAUGCAGGGAGGGUAACAGAAGCAAUUUGUCAUUCUCUAUUGUUUUCCAAAUAAUGCUCUUGGGAAGAAUGUGUAUUCCCAAGGGCAUUUGACGACAAUAACUUAUGCAAAAUGUGAGGGGCAAACAGGGUGUAGUACGGGGGACAUGGAGGCUGCAUUUGUGAAAUUCUCUUUGUAGACAGCUUGUCCAGAUCAUAGGAAUUCAAUUUGGUUAUUAUUUUUAAUUUACUCCAGUUAAUUAUAACUUGCAAGUGCACAUAUAUUUGUUCAAGCUAAUUUACAGACACUCCACUCAUGAAAUAAGAAUUUGAAACAACUACUGAUAAUCAAUAAUCACCUCUGGACCUAGCUCAUUUUUCUCUUUUUGUCUUUAUUUUCUCUAGGAAAUUGUAGCAAUGCUUAGUCUCAAGCAAGGACAAAAAGUACUUGAUGUUGGGUGUGGAAUUGGUGGUGGUGCAUUUUACAUGGUGAAGGUAUGGAAAAUGUUCAGAAUGGCACUGCAAAUAAGGUUCCCUUGCAGUGCUCCAAGCUGCUACCAUUUUGGUUGCCAUGGGGAAAAAAAGUAAUUUUGGGAACUAAAAUAAAUAGAAGUUGCUUCUUCAGCGAGAGAUGUAUUUGGCAGUCAUGUGCCAAGCCAUAGUGCUUUUGUUAGUUUGUUUAUGGUCUUUUUAAAGCUACGGUAAAUGAGAUACUUCUGAAAAUUAAGGAUUAGAAAACUUGCAGUUAUCUAUAGCUAUUCCACCAAGAUGUGCAAAAAUCUUACUUACUUGAAUGGAUCAAAUUCUCUUUAAGGCCAUCAUUCAUUGGAUAUUAAAUAGCUAUAAAUAACAGCAGGCAUUGUAUUCAUCAUUCAUGACUCUGACUCUUAAAGCUGAAAUAUUGUACACCACUUUGCGCCAUCUUCUUACAAGUUACGACGUUAGUUUCUGUAAUGACAUGUUUGUUCCUUGGUGUAGUUUUUUAACUACUAUAUUUCAAACUGUCAGAUGGUUCUGGAUUUCAUCCAUUUUUUUGUAAUCAUAUGGUUAUUAAACAGAUUUUGUCACGCAGCUAAUCACUUGUAUAAUCGCAAACCACUCCACCAAGUCCUACAGUGUAUUACUGGUAUUUAUUAUUUCCUAUGCAUGAAACUCUCAAACAGCUCUUUAGAGCCAGGCAUUUAAUUUUUCUUUGUAAUAUCACUGCUUAGCCAGUGUCAAAAUGUCAAAAUGAUUUUUAAUAAAAUUUAUUUUAGAAUUUCAACGUGGAAGUGCUUGGUGUUGACUUGUCAACUAACAUGAUUGACAUUGGAAAACAGCGAGCCAAGGAGUUUGAGGAUGAUAAGGUAUUGAUGUCGGAUGGCUUUGCAGUCUCAAUCUCGGUAUCUCCUAAUUUUGAUAAUUGACUAUAACUAACACUGAAUUGCACUCAAUAUGAUAUUGAAUGUGUAUGUCAGCUGAUCAACAACACAGAUGAGUCAGGAGCCAAUGCCUGUAACAGGCUUGUGUUGGAAAGCAUUGUAUCAGUGGAAAACUGAAAUUAAACAAUAAAAUACUUCAUUGUUUGCUUUGUCAGUUUUAUCUUUUAUUACUCAGUUUAUUAUUAAUAUUAUUAUUAUUAUUAUUAUUGCUAAUUUUCUUUACAUUUUUACCAUCCAGGUUGAGUUUGUUGUCGCAGACAUAACAACUGCUGACUUCAAACCAGAAUCAUUUGAUGUCAUUUAUAGCAGGGACACAAUUCUUCACAUUGAGGAUAAGAAAUCACUUUUUGCAAACUUUUUUGUAAGUUUACUUUUUGUGACGUUUUAUGUAGUUUUUGAUUACAGUGGAACCCCAUAAAUGCGACCACCGUUGGGCCAUAAAAUCCUGGCCGUAAUAACGAGGUGGUUGCAUUAACGGGGUCCUCAAAAUAAUAAAAUGAGUCAAUGGUUUUUACGUUUGGUUUGAAAGAAUAUGGCCGUAAUAACGAGGUGGUCUUAUAAACGGGUUGGUCGUAAGGCGGGGUUCCACUGUAAUAAGCACGAGUGUUCACGUGUCGGCAUGAAAAUCUAUGCGGCCUAGUGUGAAAAUAGCCUAACUCAUAAUGCGCAAGCAAUUUUUUAUAUUGAUGCAUACUUAUUGACUCUAUUUUAUGGGAGUUUUCAUCUCUUGACAGAAAUGGCUGAAGCCUGGUGGUGAACUUCUCAUAACAGAUUAUUGUCGCGGCUCCAAUGAGCUGUCUGAAGCAAUGAAGGUAUAUGUUGCAAAACGCCAUUACCAUCUUCUCACACCAGCCGACUAUGGGAAGGUAAGAGGUUUUCCCAUGGCUCUGUUUACAUUGCGCAAAUUUUUUUUAGUUUUGCUAAAAUUCUUUCAACAGGAAGCCAUUUCUAGUGCGAACAAUUUUUUCACCAAUCAAAAAAUGUCCUCAAUUGACACCAAACUUCAAAGUUGCCUUCAAGUAGAUUUGGAGUCUUGCAAUUUUUUGUUUAUUUUUAGAGUUUUUGCAAACGCCAAACUAUCUUUUUUGUCGUUGUGCGAACAGGGCCGGAAGCAGGAAUGAUACUAAAUAGAAGAAGAAGCAAAAUAAGAAGUAAAAUUGAAAUCGUCUUGAAUGAAAUUGCAAAUUUAAUUCCCAGAAGAAAAAUGUACUCAUUAUCGGUCAACUUAUCCACGUUCAUCAAGCAAAAACUCUUCACUGAGCACUUUUGACCAGGAUUGUUCUAAAUUUUAAAAAAGGCAUUAAAAAUGGUUAGUGGGUGCCAGUGUAAUAACAAGGUGUGUAAUUGGGGCUUUUUUAAAUAUAUCUGAAGAAUUUCAGUCCCCGUGCACACGUAUCCCUUUGUUUACAAUUCGACUCAACGGAAGUCCACAUGCAAGAUCUCGGGGCUUCUAAGUUCCAGCAGCACGCGUAAUAGAGCUUGGUAAGACAACUUUGUCGAUCGAAUAUUGAUGUUAGGGAAAUGGAAAAAAAAAUAGAAUCAUUCAAAGCUUGUAAGUAUUAAAAACAUUCGUUUUCCAACAUUUGCAGCGCAUUUGAGUGGAUGCAAGGCGAAGGCGAUUCGAACUAAAAAUACUAUGAGUGGAUGCGACUGUUCACUGAAAACUGAAUACCAUUGCGUUUUCAAACAAAGAAGGAUACGUGUCGGUCUGGACGAGGGCCUUGGACAUAUUUGUUCGUUCUUUUCAUUUUUUUGUUGUUUGGCUUAGGUACUAUGUUUGAAACGUUUUUGUCAGUUUUGAAAUUACCAUGACUGUUCCUCUUUUCGUUUUUCCCUGCAGCUUCUGGAGCAAGUAGGCUUCGGAAACGUUAAAGCCAUAGACAACACCGCCAGAUUUGUUGAAGUUCUCAAAGUAGAAAGAGCAAGAUUUGAAACAGAGAAAAGUUUAUUUUUGAAGGUAUAAAAAAUAUAUGUAUGAAUUAUCAUCUCCUUCAGCAAAUAAUAGUCCAAGCAAUAUUCUGCAAGGAGAAAUAAGGGAGAAUAGAUAAAACAGAUACACGUAUUGCAAGGGUUUAUGGAGAAAUUAAGGCUAUUCGUACCAGGAAAAAUAAAACGCGUCUGUUACAUAAGACUCGUCCCAAAUAAGAUGAACAUUGUACCAUUUAUACCAGCAUGUCUUACGUAAGACGAAAACAACUCGUAUAAAUUGCCCUAUUAAGCCCCGUGCAAACGGACGCAACAUUAUUGGCCAACAACUCCCAUCAUUGUUGGGAGUUCCAAAAAGUAAGUUCAAAAGUAAGUUCAUAAGUUUAAGUUCAUAAGUUCAAAAAAGAAUAUAAGCGAAUUCUAGUUAACUCUCAAAGGUAACAAUUGUAAUGUGACUGUCUCACAUAACCUGACUGCUGGUAUAAUCGUCCAUAGUUGUCAUGGCACCAAGCGCACAUUUAUUAUGUAUUUCCAAUCAUAAUAUAGCGGUGGUUAGCUCGAAAGCUAAACUCCUCUGACCAUCGUACACUUCUAUCCAAGCCAUUAAUUUUCUUUUUUCCCUUCUUCUUCUCCUUUAUUAGUGUAUUCCUACCUUACUAUAUAUAAUGUAAAUAUUUUAUAAAGUGUGAAUAAUAAAAUUGAAUUGAAUUGAAUUGAGUUGUUGCGCCCGUUUGCGCGUAGCUAAAAGUUUGACCGGUUUCAAACUUCGUGCAACAACUCCUAACAACACGCAGCGAGCCAACAUGCAACAGGGUGUGCAAACGGACAUAACUUGUAACAUCCAACAUUGUUUUAUGGCUGGAAAUUUUUUUCCAACAGCGCGCGCUCUCAUUGGCUAUUUCAAGGUCACAUGACAUCUAACAUUGAAAAUGUUUCCCGCCAAAAUCUCUGAGCGGGCCAACCUCGUUUCCUGGGUUCCCUCUCUUUCCUCGAGAAAGAACGGCUGGUUACGUAGCUCCUAAAAUCUAGGAGCCAAAAAUAAGGGAGGGGAAGAAAAGUAAAUAAUUGUCGCUAUGACGAAAGUUACUCUGUCGGGGCCUGGAGAGGAGUUUGCCGCCUCGUUUAUUAUCAGCUGAUUACGCGGGUUUUUGAAAAUAUCUACAACACCCGAAAAAUAGUGUGCUUAAUGUAAGAGAGAGAACCCUUGGAACGAGGUUGACUAUUUACUUGGUAUAUAUCGUGCACCAGCCGAUAAAUUAACCAAAGCGGAAAAUACCAUAACAACCUUUAAACUGCCGUUUGGGUGGUGAUUCAUGUAAACCUGACUUUUACGUUAUCUUUUCCCUUUCAUGAACUGCACGUGCGGAGUAUGCAAAUUUUUACGUGCAAAUCGAGAUACAUUUUCCGUAUCCUGUUGGCAGGAGGGCGAGCGAUUUUUUUUCAAGUACUAACUCUCUGAACAAAUAACUUGUUUUGCCUUAAAAAUAACGUUAUCGUAAGUAGCCGAAAGCAACGCAGUUUGCAUGCAACUCAGAACAGUCGACAAAAUUUAGUGGAGGACCUACCCCCGCUGCGCAAUUUAUUAGGGACCUUAAGCAAGGACGACGACGACGGCAGUGAAAAGGUCGGUAAAAAUAUGAAUUUGCGUUCUUUCAAACUUUAUCGCGUCUAUUUGGACCCACUCAAUAUGUCAAAUGCAGGCGACUUUUCCUGAGGUUGAAUUCUUAAGGAUUUUAUUCAGGUUCAAAAAGAGGAAGGGAAAUUCGUCUUCGUAUGUCCACGUCCCUCAUGAAACGUCCAGUUAGGAGGUUUCACGUCGUAGUCGUGCAGUGGACGUCAAAGAAAUGUACUAAGAAACGUGAUGCACCUGCAGAGCUAUUUUUUUAUUAUCAUAAAACCUAUUGUUUUUUUGAAGUCGUCGUUGUGGUUGUCGUCGUAGUUGCUGAAGCUCCCUAUUGACACACAUUUCCACGUGAGCAGCUGCAACCAGGGUUCUUUCUCGAAGCAAGAGAGAUAACCCUGGGAACGAGGUUGAAAGCGGGCAACGUUGCAAAAUCUAUGACGUCAGAGGGUAACAGUGCACUGUUACCCGCGAAUGAACGACCGACCGCCGUUACAGCGAGGUUUAGUGAACUUCCAGCUAAAAAAGACCCUCGGGAAACAUUGAGAUUCUCGGGAAACAAAUUAGCUGUUUCCCUCGGGACCAGUAAUGAAGUGGGAUUUUCCUGCUAACAAUGUUGCGUCCGUUUGCACGAGGCUUUAUGCUUUAGUCAGCUAUAUAAUUUAUUCUUGACAGUCAUUUGUUCUUUAUCUUUUAACCAGGACUUUACCAAAGAGGACUUUGAGUACCUUGUUGAGAACUGGGAAACCAAACUUGAUCGCUGUGGCCGGGGAGACCAGAAAUGGGGCCUCUUUCAUGCCCGAAAAUAA